AUGGCGUGGGGCUGCGCGCUGUGCCUGGCGCUGGCGGGUGGAGCUCUCUUGGGCCUGCUGGUGCAGCUGUUCCGCUGGCUGCGGGCCGAUGGCGAUCUCACGGUGCUGUGGGCCGAGUGGCGGGGGAAGAAGCCAGAAACUGAACUGCGUGGCAAAGUUGUCUGGGUGACAGGAGCUUCAAGUGGAAUUGGAGAAGAAUUGGCUUAUCAGCUAUCCAAGAUAGGAGCCUUACUUGCCAUCUCAGCAAGAAGAGAAGAUGAGCUGGAAAGAGUGAAGAAGAAAUGCCUUCAGAUUAGCAACUUGAGUGAAAAAGAUAUCUUUGUUCUGCGUCUCGACUUGACUGAUAGAAGCUCUCAUGAAGCUGCAACCAAUGCUGUUCUUAAGCAUUUUGGCAAGAUUGAUGUUCUGAUCAACAAUGGUGGACGUUCCCAGCGCUCUCUGUUUGUGGAUACAAACCUGGACGUCUUCAGUGCCAUAAUGGAACUCAACUACUUAGGUACCAUCUCUUUAACAAAACAUGUCCUGAAUCACAUGAUCCAAAGGAGGAAAGGAAAGAUCGUUACUGUGAGCAGUGUGAUGGGAAUCAUGGGAGCUCCUCUUGCCUCUGGGUACUGUGCCAGCAAGCAUGCUCUGCAGGGUUUUUUUAAUUCUCUUCGGACUGAGCUGACUGACUACCCUGAGAUAAGCAUUAUCAACAUCUGCCCAGGACCUGUGCAGUCUAAGAUCAUACAAAACGUCUUUACGGAGAACCUCGCAAAGUCCAUAGAGAACAGUGGUGAUCAGUCUCACAAGAUGCCAACUGACCGUUGUGUCUGGCUCACUCUGGUGAGCACAGCCAAUGACCUGAAGGAGGCCUGGAUUAGUGACCAACCCUACCUGGCUGUCUGCUACCUCUGGCAGUAUGCACCCACCUGGGCCUGGUGGCUGAUGAACAGGAUGGGCAAGAGGAGGAUACAGAACUUCAAGAGCGGUGUGGAUGCUGAUGCCUCUUAUUCAAGAAAGAGGAAGUAAGGACAAGCGUGUACAAAAUCCUGCUGUUCUUCUUCUAAGGCUUGAGAAACUUUUCAUAUUGCAU